AUGUGGGGUGCCAGAACCUGCCAUCGAGAAUCAGGAAUGAACCUCUUAACACCGACACAGUGUUGGGAAGCAGGCACUCUCAUUUGUACGGUGCUGGCCCCGGGCCCGAGCGGGGCGGCGGGCGGUGCGGCUGAAACAGAGCUAAUUUCUGGUGGAUCAGAUAAGCAGCUUAUUCUUUGGGAGUGGAAUGGAAUGGGAACAUGGAAUAAUCAGCUUGUGAGAAGCGUUCCUCUCGAAGGCCACACCGAAGCUGUUUGUGCAGUGGAUGCUGUCUACCAGUCAGAUGAACCUGACUCACAUCUGUUAGUAGCUUCGGCAGCUUCUGACUCUACCGUGAGAAUCUGGGCUCGGCGAGGAGGUUCAGAAGUUAAAUGCAUUCAGAUAUUGCAGUUUGGAAAUGGAUUUAUUAUGGAUGUUUCCUUAUCUUUCUUGCCUGGCAGCAAUGUACCAAUCUUGGCUUGUGGUGGUGAUGACUGCAAGAUAAAUUUGUUUAUACAGCAGGAUGGUCAGUUUCAGAGAACAUUAACACUCCCUGGCCACGAAGACUGGAUAAGAAGUGUUGAGUGGGCAGUGUGUGGUGAGGAGCUCUUGUUAGUAAGCUGUGCUCAGGAUUGUUUGAUAAGAAUUUGGAAAGUGUGUACAAAAUCGAAGCAAUUUCCAGAAGAUGAAAAUUACUCCAUAAGACUGAAGGAGAAUGUUUUUACCGUUAAAGACCCCCUUAAAACAUAUGCAGUUACCUUGGAGUCUGUGUUGGCUGGUCAUGAAAACUGGGUUUAUGCAGUUCACUGGCAACCUUCCUUUUUCAAAGAUGGCAGCAUGCAGCAGCCCAUGAGAAUACUGUCUGCGUCCAUGGACAAAACUGUGAUUCUGUGGGCACCUGAAGAGGAAUCUGGAGUCUGGCUAGAACAGGUGCGGGUAGGAGAAGUCGGCGGCAACACGCUUGGAUUUUUUGACUGCCAGUUUAGCCCAGAUGGUUCAAUGAUUGUUGCUCAUGCUUUUCACGGAGCGCUGCACCUCUGGAAACAGGCUGCACUGAAUAAGAAAGAAUGGACUCCAGAAGUUGUGAUCUCAGGACAUUUUAGCAGUGUAGAGGAUGUAAAGUGGGAUCCCCAAGGAGAGUUUAUCGUCAGUGUUGGUUCUGAUCAAACUACUAGAGUCUUCGCUCCCUGGAAGAGAAAGCACGAGGCAGAGGUAACCUGGCAUGAAAUCGCGCGGCCCCAGAUACACGGUUACGACAUGCGCUGCCUGGCCAUGGUCGGCCGCUUCCAGUUUGUGUCCGGGGCGGAUGAAAAAGUGCUGCGAGUCUUCCGGGCUCCCAGGAAUUUUGUAGAGAAUUUCAGUAACAUCACUGGUAUUCCAGUUGGGAAGCUACACUACCGCCAAACAUCUGACCUUCCGAAAGGUGCAGUUGUGCCAGCUUUGGGCUUGUCCAAUAAAGCCAUCUUUAAAGAAGAUAUCGCUCUUCAGCCAGCUGAAGAUGAAGAAACGUUUAACACAAUUUCCAAUCAGUAUCCUGAGAUUGAUUUUCAACCCUUGAUCCUUACAGAACCUCCCCCAGAGGAUCACUUGCUGCAGAACACCUUGUGGCCUGAAAUUCAAAAGCUGUACGGACAUGGAUAUGAAGUUGUUUGUGUUGCCUGCAACAAUUCCAAUACAGUGAUUGCCUCAGCAUGUAAGGCUUCCAAAAAAGAACAUGCAGCUAUUAUUUUGUGGAGCACUGCUUCUUGGAAGAAACUGCAGAGUUUGACAUUUCACAACCUGACUGUUACUCAGCUGGCGUUUUCUCCCAAUGACAAACUUUUAUUAGCUGUUUCUAGAGACAGGAACUGGUCACUGUGGAAGAAACAAGACUCAUCAGAGUCAGGACCUGUUUUCUGUUUCUGUGCGUCCACAAACAAAAACACAGCUCUUCACAGUCGAAUCAUUUGGUCUUGUGACUGGACACCGGAUAGCAAGUAUUUUAUUACUGGCAGUAGGGACAAAAAGGUCAUUAUCUGGGGCCAGUGCGACUCGCCUGAGACGAGCGAAGGGACGGCGCUGGACGCGGUGCGGCCUCGCUCCACGGCGCUGGACGCCGGCGAGUCGGUCACGGCAGUGAGCGUGGGCUGCGUGCUGGCGCCCGGCGGCAGAUACAUCAUUGCAAUAGGCUUAGAGAGCGGGAUGAUUAAUUUGCACACGUGGAAGCAGAGUGGGCAGGAACCAGCGUCGGAGGAUUGGAGCAAGUGUGUCCAAAUGGAUAACAGCCAAAGCCACGCUCUUGCUGUGAAGCGUCUGUGCUGGAGACCCCGGAAGGGCAGAGCUGGACAUGACGACCACGACAGCAGCAAGUGGUUGCAGCUUGCAAGUUGUGGUGCUGAUCACUGCGUUAAGAUAUUCAAUGUCAACAGAUCUGCUUUUUAAGCAAUGGCAGUGACAGGCCUGCCUGAGCA